UUCACCCCAGUGGGACUCUUCAUUCGAAAAGCAUAUGAUAUACAAGAUGGUGAAGCUCAAAAAGGGAUCUAAGCGACAAGAGCUCGCUAGGAAAUAUAACAUCGAGCGGAUGGUCGCAGCUCAUAAAAAGAAGAUUAAGAAAUUGAAAAAUAAAGGCGAAUUAAAAAUUAAAAAUAGGAAGCCACCUCAAAUUCCAAAUUGUAUCUUCAAAAAGGAAGUGCUUGAUAACAUCAAGCGUACUAAGGAAAUAACGGACGCACAUACAAUGGAACAAAAACAGAAGAAAACGAGUUGAAGGCAUUAACGAAAACGUUGAUUUAUCAUGCCAUCACACCUCGGUACAUCGCAUUUCGCAUUAAUUCACAAAAAAACGCGUUUAAUUAACAUUUACUGAUGU